UGAAGCGACAAGAUGGCGGCGCUGAGACGAUCGAGUUGCCGACUGGAAUUUUUAAUCGUGAAACUGCGGCAGUGGCAGAGACUGGAGCGGCGGAAUAUUUACAAGAAGAAAUGGGCUUCCUCCCUGCCCAGGGUCCCCAGCACACAGCUGGCUUUGCAGAGCAUGGACAUGAACUACAGCCUGCAGUUUGGUGACCUGUGGCCCUCCAUCCGCCUCGCUCUACUCUGCGAGCAGAAAUAUGCUGCACUCCUUAACGGCUUCGGGGACGUGGAGAAAGUGAUCCAGGAGUUUGAGGAGCGGGUGAAGGCCAGAGACUUCGUGUACGAGGCUCGGAGUCAGUGGCCGGAGUGGACACCACACACAGACUCUCAGCCGAGGGCAGUCCAGGAUUCGCCAGCUCCUGGGCCUUCUGAUCCAGAGCCCUCAGAGUUCAGCGAUGACUGCACGGCUGAACAAUCACCAUCCACCCCGGAUAUGAAGCAGCCCAUACCCAUCAGCCCAAACCUCAAGUGUUUCACAUUUCCGAGGGGAGACACCACCCGUUUUAAGCCUGCAAGACCAGAUGGUUUAAGAUUGUUGGAAUAUUACCUGAUGGAUGCUGCAUCGCUCCUCCCAGUACUUACUCUGGAUGUUCGGCCAGGUCACACAGUCCUUGACCUCUGUGCAGCGCCUGGUGGAAAGUCCCUUGCACUGUUGCAGACAGAAUGCUGUCGACAUCUCGCAAUCAAUGAUAUAUCUAUAUCUCGAUUAAACAGACUACAUAAAAUUCUUCAUAGUUAUGUCCCAAAGAAUCUCCGUACAGAGGACAGGCUACGGAUCACAUCAUUUGAUGGCAGACUCUGGGGAGAAAUAGAGAGGAACACUUUUGACCGGGUGUUAGUUGAUGUACCCUGUACAACUGAUAGACACUCGGUACUUGAGGAAGACAAUAAUAUCUUUAGUCGACUACGGCUUAAAGAGCGACAGAAGCUUCCUUUAUUGCAGACCCAGUUACUGCUUUCUGGCAUUCUUGCCACAAAGCCUGGAGGAUCAAUCAUCUAUUCAACAUGUAGCCUGUCCCAGUUACAAAAUGAGUAUGUGGUGGAGAGAGCAGUUCAGGUAGCAGAGACAGAACAUAAUGUGGAGUUGCGUCUGGUGGACCUGUCAGCCAUCCGGACCCUUUACAGAAACACAUUUAACUUCUAUCACCAUUGUAGAGUUGGGGAACUCGUACUCCCACAUCUCACUGCAAACUAUGGACCAAUGUAUUUUUGUAAACUGGACAGGAUACACUAAAAAUAUGAUUUAAAACAUAA